AUUUAGUGUCAAAAUCAGCUGUUUAGAUGACAAGUGACGUUAGGCGUGCGUGAACGCGAAUUUGAGGUUAAUUUAAUUUGUUUGUUUACGACUUUACAAGUCCUUUUAAUUAUUUGCCGUCGAAUUAUGACUUAAAAUGGCAUUUCGUGGUCUUCAAAUACUUAAAAUAUUGCGGAACACAAGUCUUAAAUGUUCCAAUAUAAGGACAACAUCAAGCAUCACAUUGCCUGAUAAAAAUAUUCAAAACAAUAAAACAAAGUUCAAAACCGAAGCCAAUUUAACAUUCUUGGAAGACCCCGACACUUUUGGUACGUUAUCUCAUAAGCUUAUUAACAGAGAACUCCCAGAAGACGAUGAUGAUGUUACAGAAGAAAAAUAUACACAAAACAUCCCCCUUCCGUCUCAGAAACUCACUACCAGACAAUAUGCUGAUCUGAUCAAACAAUACUUAAAACAUAAACGUUUAAAGGAAGCUAUCAAUGUGCUAGAGGUAAGAAUGAUUCAAGAUGAUAGAGUUAAACCAGAAAACUACAUUUUCAACAUACUUAUUGGAGCAUGUGCUGAUGUGGGAUACACAAAAAAAGCUUUCAAAUUAUUUAAUGAUAUGAAGAGACGCGGAUUAAAGCCCACAGGCGACACCUACACCUGCCUGUUCACAGCUUGCGCUAACAGUCCCUGGCCAGUGGAUGGGUUAAAGAAUGCUAAGCAUUUGAGACAACUUAUGUUUGAGAAAGGCAUUGAACCAAAUUUAACUAAUUACAAUGCCAUGAUAAAGGCAUUUGGCCGUUGUGGGGACCUGCCCACUGCAUUUCAAAUAGUUGAUGAAAUGAAAUCAAAGAACAUAAGUCUCAGAGUCCACACACUGAACCAUCUUCUUGCUGCUUGUAUCUCUGAUAAAAACAAUGGGUUGAGGCAUGCUUUAAUUGUUUGGAGAAAAUUACUGCAAUUACGAGAAAAACCUAAUAUUUAUUCAUUUAAUUUAAUGCUCAGAUGUGUUAAUGAUUGUAAUUUAGGUACACUAGAGGAUAUCCAAGAAUUAAUAGAUGUUGUGCAGAAAACAAUAAUGAUUGCCCCUCAAAAGCCCAAAAUUAUGUUGAAGGGAAGUAAAUCUCCAGCACUAGCUGCUCCAGGUAGCAGUUCCGAUGCUCCUGCCCAGAACAAUGCCAUCAAAGAAUCACAACAUACUAGAAAAACACAAAAUGAUGAUGAUAAUGUACUAAAACAGGAAAGCACAGACAUAGUUACAGCAGAAGAUAGUGUCAAGAUUGAACUAGUAAACUGUUCAAAUCAAUUAGUAACUACAGAGCAAGAGAGAAGUGUACCCAACUUGUUGUCUAAAUGCCCUAACAUGGGUGAGGUAUUAUCAUUACAACAAGUCAGUACAGUACAAGACAAAUUUGCAAUCAUUGGUGGACAGGAUGACUUCUUAAAAGAGUUGGCGGUAUACUCAGUUAAACCAGAUAUUAAAACAUUUACACAAAUGUUAAUGGUAUUGGAUGACAAUAAAGCUGCAGAGCUAAAGCUUCUGGAGCAAAUGAAAUCCGCAAAUGUAAGAGCCGAUAUAGAUUUCUAUAACAUGCUGAUCAAGAAGAGGUGCAUGAGGUCUGAUUAUGAAGAUGCAAAAGAAGUCAAAGAAAUAAUUAAAAAAGAAAAUGAAUUUCGAAAGGCGCGAUACUCAAUGAAGAAGAAGUACAGACUCCAGCUCAACGUCAUGUCAUAUGGGGUGCUGGCCAUGACCUGCAAAACCAAGGAAGAUGCAGAGGCCCUGCUGCAUGAGAUGGAGGAAAAACAACUGAAGGUGAACAUUGCAAUAUUGGGUGCUCUACUACGGCAAGGGAUUGCUCACAAUCAGUUUGGAUACGUCAUCUACAUCAUGAACAUUGUAAAACAUGAAAAGAUCAGAGUGAGUGAAGUAUUCGUCAAGCAUUUAGAAGCCUUCGCUGAUAAGUGUGUAAAAGAAAUUCAAAUGCAUGAAAAAGGUGAGCAUAUCAAGCCAGAGAAGUUCAUGGCACGCUGCAAGACUUUCCUGAAAGUGUACCGCGAGUGGCUGAAGGAAGUAGAUGCUGAAGGCUCCUUGCAGGCGGAACAUCCCUGGAGACAGUUCUCUGAGGAGCAGCCGGCCACACUGCAGCGGCAAAACAUCACUAUUGAAGAACCUAAACGAUUCUUUAGAAAGAAACGACGAUUUGUACCGCCGUAUACGCCAAGAUGAUUGUUUAGUUGGAAUAAAGUUUUAUAGAUGACCUAC